UGGAUUCUUUCCCUAACUUCAAUGGCCACCUAGUCUAUAAGAAUUUAAUGAAAUUUCGUGGAUGUUAUCCACAUCUCUAUCACGGGCUACAAACAAACAACAUGGAUUAUAAGACAUAUAUUCACUUCUUCUCCUCUCGAAGCUCUGCUCUGUUAGUCCCAAGAGCCAUGACUUCUACACAAAACAGAGCAAUGAGAAGCUCUGGUUCUAUUUUAUUGGUCAUGUUCAUUGUUUUCCUUAGUUCUUCGAGAUGGGUUUCAGGCGAAUCUCCUGUAUUUGCUUGUGAUGUUAGUAAUAAUUCUGAGUUGGGUUCAUAUGCGUUCUGUCAUUCUUCACUGGGGAUUUUUGAGAGGGCGGAUGAUUUGGUGAAGAGGCUUACAUUGCAAGAGAAGAUUGGAUUUCUGGGGAGUAAAGCACCAGCUGUGAGUCGACUCGGAAUCCCGUGUUACCAGUGGUGGUCUGAAGCUUUACAUGGAGUGUCUUACGUUGGUCCUGGCACUCACUUCUCUACUGUAGUCCCUGGAGCCACUAGCUUUCCUAUGGUUAUCCUAACUGCGGCUUCCUUCAACACCUCUCUCUUUGAGACCAUUGGAAAGGUGGUCUCUACAGAAGCAAGAGCAAUGUAUAAUGUGGGUCUAGCUGGGUUAACAUUUUGGAGCCCAAACAUCAAUAUAUUGAGGGAUCCAAGAUGGGGAAGAGGGCAGGAGACUCCAGGGGAAGAUCCAUUACUGUCAAGCAAAUAUGGAUCUGCAUAUGUGACAGGUUUACAACAAAAAGAUGAAUUUGAUUUUGAUAAGCUUAAAGUUGCUGCUUGUUGUAAGCACUACACAGCUUAUGAUAUUGAAAAUUGGAAAGGAGUUGAUCGCUUCCACUUCGAUGCUGUGGUUACCAAACAGGACUUGAAGGAUACAUUUCAACCACCAUUCAAGAGCUGUGUUAUUGACGGGAAUGCUGCGAGUGUGAUGUGCUCUUUCAACAAAGUAAAUGGAAUACCAACCUGCGCAGACCCGGACCUCCUUGCUGGGGUUAUUAGGGAUGAAUGGAAACUUCUUGGAUACAUAGUUUCAGACUGUGAUUCGGUAGAUGUGAUCUACAACGCUCAACACUACACCAAAACACCGGAGGAAGCAGCGGCUAAGACUAUUAUGGCCGGGUUGGAGCUUGACUGUGGAACUUUCCUCGGCCAACACACUGAAGCUGCAAUAAAAGCUGGGUUAUUGAAUGAGUCCGCCGUUGAUAAGGCAAUCACCAACAAUUUUGCCACUCUGAUGCGACUCGGCUUCUUCGAUGGUAACCCGAGUAGGCAAUUCUACGGGAAGCUUGGUCCAAACGAUGUCUGCACUCCAGAGAACCAGGAGUUGGCCCGUGAAGCAGCACAGCAAGGGAUUGUCUUGUUGAAGAACAGCCAUGGGUCACUGCCAUUAUCACCUACCACCAUCAAGUCUCUAGCAGUGAUUGGACCGAAUGCGAAUGUCACAAAGACCAUGAUCGGAAACUACGAAGGUGUUCCAUGCAAAUAUACAACUCCUCUUCAAGGCUUGACGGCAUCGGUUCCUACUGUCUAUCAACCAGGUUGCCCCAAUGUAGCAUGUACCACUGCCCAACUAGAUGAUGCUAAGAAUAUAGCAAGCCAAGCAGAUGCCACGGUUUUGGUGGUAGGUGCCGAUCAAUCUAUUGAGGCAGAGGGUCGUGAUAGGGUUGACGUCGUUCUCCCUGGACAGCAAGCCCUUCUAGUAACAGAGGUUGCAAAGGCAGCCAAGGGACCUGUGAUUCUUGUUAUAAUGUCUGGAGGAGGGAUGGAUAUCUCAUUCGCUAAAGAUGAUCACAAGAUUACAAGCAUACUUUGGGUUGGUUACCCUGGUGAAGCUGGAGGUGCUGCUAUGGCCGAUGUGAUCUUCGGGCAUUACAAUCCAAGUGGAAGAUUACCUAUGACAUGGUACCCACAGGAGUAUGUCGACAAGGUCCCUAUGACGAAUAUGAACAUGAGGGCAGAUUCUGCCACAGAUUACCCUGGCCGAACUUACCGGUUUUAUACAGGUAAAACUGUAUAUUCAUUUGGCGAUGGCCUGAGCUACUCCAAAGUCAGUCACCACCUUGCCUUGGCACCAAAGCUAGUCUCAAUUCCCUUGGAGGAGGAUCACGUUUGUCGGUCUCAGGAAUGCAAAUCCAUUGAGCCCCUUGAAAGUAGUUGCCAAAACUUGGCUUUUGACAUUCAUUUAAGAGUAAAGAACAUGGGAAGAAUGGGUGGAAGUCAUACAGUUUUAUUGUUCUCCACUCCCCCAUCUGUGCACAACGCUCCUAAGAAGCAUUUGAUAGGGUUUCAGAAGGUUUCCUUAACAGCUCAAAGUGAACAACUGGUCAAGUUCAAAGUGGAUGUUUGCAAGGAUUUGAGCAUUGUUGAUGAACUCGGAAGCCAAAAAGUGGCCUUGGGGUCACAUAUUCUUCAUGUGGGGAGCUUGAAAUACUCCUUGAAUGUGGGGAUCUGAACUGGCUCUCCUAAGUAAAAGAUGAAGCUGGGGAAGAAAAGAUCUCUCCAACUUCUCUCCGAAGAUUAAUAAGAGCCUCCACUGAAAUUAAACUUCAAAA